AUGGCGUCCCUGAGUGGUAGAAAAAUUGCUAUGCCACCAUGUGUUUUGGAGGAAACACAGUAUAUCUUUCCCGACGGAUCACCUACCCUCGUGGAGUUGUUGAAAGACUGCGACAGUUUCCGGAAGGGAGAUUCCGGCUCCGUCACCAGAAGCCACGAUCCAGCUCAUCACAUAAUAGAUGUCGACGCCUUACACGUACGUCCCGUGCCGUUCGUCUUAGCAUUUAACAAUCUCGAGUACGACGUCACACUUCGCCGGCGGUUUGAUUUCUCCCGGCGAAGCUCCGUUUCGGUGAAGACUCUACUCGAUGAUGUUUCCGGCGAGGCUUGCGACGGCGAUAUCCUCGCCAUUCUCGGUGCAAGCGGAGCCGGGAAAUCGACUCUGAUCGACGCAUUGGCGGGACGGGUUGCAAAGGAGAGUUUAAGAGGCACCGUAACUCUAAACGGAGAGAAGGUUCUGCAAUCUCGGUUGCUGAAGGUGAUAUCGGCGUACGUGAUGCAAGACGAUCUCCUCUUCCCGAUGCUCACCGUGAAGGAAACUCUCAUGUUCGCUUCCGAGUUUCGUCUCCCGAGAAGCUUGCCAAAAUCGAAGAAGAUGGAGCGUGUUGAAGCCCUAAUCGACCAGUUAGGGCUCAGAAACGCGGUGGAUACAAUCAUCGGGGACGAAGGACACCGUGGAGUCUCCGGCGGGGAGAGACGGCGCGUCUCAAUCGGGAUCGACAUCAUCCACGACCCGAUCGUCUUGUUCCUCGACGAGCCUACGUCGGGACUGGAUUCGACCAACGCGUUUAUGGUGGUGCAGGUUCUGAAACGAAUCGCUCAGAGUGGCAGCAUCGUAAUUAUGUCGGUCCACCAGCCUAGUGCUCGGAUCGUUGAUUUGCUUGAUCGUCUAAUCAUCUUAUCUCGCGGCAAGAGUGUGUUCAACGGAUCUCCGGCUAGUCUUCCUUCUUUCUUCUCCGAGUUCGGUCGUCCCAUACCGGAGAGAGAGAACAUCACGGAGUUCGCACUUGAUCUGAUUCGAGAGCUUGAAAGAUCCAACGAAGGAACAAGAGAGCUAGUGGAAUUCAACGAAAAGUGGCAAAAGAAGCAAUUUUCUCGAGCCACGCCACAAGAUGAAUCUCACCAAGCCUUGUCUCUAAAAGAAUCCAUCGAUGCAAGUGUCUCUAGAGGCAAACUCGUCUCAGGCUCCUCCGGAUCCAACCUCAUGUCCAUGGAAACAGUAUCCUCAUACGCAAAUCCAUCAUUCUUUGAAACAUUCAUCUUAGCCAGACGGUACAUGAAGAACUGGAUCCGGAUGCCCGAGCUCGUAGGGACACGGAUCGGUACGGUCAUGGUGACCGGUUUCCUCUUAGCCACUGUGUAUUGGAGCCUAGACAACACUCCAAGGGGUGCACAGGAGAGAUUGACCUUCUUCGCGUUCGUCGUGCCAACAAUGUUCUACUGUUGUUUAGACAACGUCCCUGUUUUUAUCCAGGAACGAUUCAUUUUCUUAAGAGAGACAACGCACAACGCAUACAGAACAUCUUCGUACGUCAUAUCUCAUUCUCUCGUGUCCCUGCCUCAGCUAAUUGCCCCGUCCAUUGUAUUUGCCUCAAUCACAUUCUGGACCGUUGGUUUGAGCGGCGGGUUACAAGGCUUCUUCUUCUAUUUACUCAUCAUCUACGCUUCGUUUUGGUCUGGAUCCUCUGUUGUCACAUUCAUAUCUGGUGCUCUUCCGAAUAUCAUGUUAAGUUACAUGGUCGCCAUUUCCUACCUCGCCUACUGUUUACUAUUGAGUGGUUUCUACGUAAACCGAGAUCGUAUACCGAUCUACUGGAUGUGGUUUCAUUACAUUUCACUGGUCAAGUAUCCCUACGAGGCUGUCUUGAUCAACGAGUUUGAUGAUCCGUCUCGUUGCUUUGUUGAGGGAGUUCAAGUAUUCGACGGAACUCUUCUCGGAGGAGUGUCUAAUUCGGGAAAGGUUAAGCUCCUUGAAACUCUGGGUAGAUCACUGAGGACGAAGAUAACGGAGUCCACUUGCUUGAGGACUGGGCCUGAACUACUUGCACAGCAGGGUAUUACUCAGUUGAGCAAGUGGGAUUGCUUGUGGAUUACGUUAGCCUGUGGCCUCUUUUUUAGGAUCUUGUUUUACUUUGCUUUGCUCUUUGGGAGCAAAAAUAAGAGGACGUGA